CUAGGGGAGGGAACAUAAAAGGACCUCUUGAGUAAAAGCCCUAAUCCUUCCUUGAGUCCUUCACUGCCCAAAGCGUAGAACAUUGCCGUCUCUCUUGCCCUAAUCCCCCUCGCCUGUUAUCUCCUUCUUCGAUUCGCCAGGUUUAUUGCGCAGUAUGUCGGAUCCAUAUGAGAGAGCAAAAACUGGAAGACUUACUUUCAAAGGUGGAAGUCUCGGAACCCUAAAAUCAAUCGACAAAAAAAAGCAUAAAAAGAACAAGAAACACAAACCUUCUAAAGAAGAAAAUCCAUCUGAUGAAAUCGAAAUUGUGCCAGGAGACAGCGUUGUUGAACCUGAUGGUGAUGGAGAAACCUCUACUGGAGCAGGAGGAGGAGGAGAAGGAGAUAUUUAUUCUAUCGAUGCUGCUAAGCGUAUGAAAUAUGAUCAACUCUUUCCUGUUGAAGCUAAGAAGUUUGGGUAUGAUCCUAAAUCUGUUUCAAAAUCUGUUGAAAUUGCUCUUGAUGACAGGGUUAAGAAGAAAGCUGAUCGUUAUUGUAAAUAAGCCGUAGGAGGGCUCCUGUUGGAAUGGCUCAUGGUUAUAAGACGUAUUCCGUUUUGUGAGGUCUUAAUGGAGUUCGCUUACUGAUGGGCAACUCUGUGGUGCACAGGUAUGUUUGAAGUGUCUAUUCGUUGUGGAAAGUGAUGUGUCCCAUGCCGAUGUUCAUCAGAUUUUAUCAUCUGGAAGUAAGUGAGAGAGAAAGUCCAGACAAACAUGCUGUUGUAGAAGCUAUUUUCUGAUGCUUUAUCAGAUCUUUGAUAUUGAUAUGUGAGUUUCUGUCAAAAUUGGUACAUAUUACACCCACGUCUGACCUGUACAGUUGUACUUGCAAUGUGCAAACUGUUGCUUUAGGGGAAUCUGUUUUGCUUUCAGAGAAAUAAAUAACACGUUCCUUAGCUAUGUGACUAUGUCAAAUGGUUGUUCAUAACAGAUAUGCUAUUUUGCAUUAUUGAUAUGGGGAAGGGAUAGAUAUACUUGUGAUGUUGUCAUUAGAAACUUAUGAAAAGUGGUAUAAGGAUUUCAUUUUUGGAUAAGUCCUGCCAUCUCUCUUUUUUGUUAAAGACAUGCUGCGCCAUUGGUAUGUCCCCACUAUCAUGAUGUACCAAAUUCUUUGGUGUCAUAUGUCGUUCUUCAUUUUACAAUCGACUAUGAAAAGCCUGUAAAGUGAUUAUCAAAGAUUUUCCAAUUUUCAUUUA